GGUUGUUAGUUUUAAACGUUUUUACCGGUUUUAUCACUUUUUGAUGCAUUUUAAGCUAAUUAGCCGUUAGCUAAGUUAGCAGCCUUAGCAAGCACUGUUUUCGCGUUUUUCUCAUUUUAGAAAAUGAGCAAUAUUGUUUGGAAUAUGCUCGACUUAAUAUACUUUAAGUAAGCAGGGUUUAAUAUUAACUUCUGCGUUAGCUAACCAUAGCUAGCUAGCUACAGGAAAUACGGCUAAUUGCUGCCUGUCAACGCUAGCUGCUAACAUCGACAGCUAACGGAUACAAGCUAGCUCAACAACCCAGCCUAUAAAAAAUAGGAGGUUAAACCUGAACACAUUCAUCUACAUGUUAAGAAUGGAGUGGAUGCUGAGUUAAUCAGAACACAGAGGUUCCUCCAGACUGCAGCAGGCGUGUGCAGAUCACGUUAAGCAGUGAUGUCUGAAACGGAGUCUCAGUCAGACAGAGAGGAGGACUACAGGUUCCUCCACAGUAUGCUGAUGGAGAAGAAGCUCCAUCUGCUCUUUAAGAUCCACGAGCGUCUGAAGCAUUUUGAGGAGCGAAGCCCCCUCCCCGUCCAUGAGAACGCAGCGACUUUGGCCUCAGAUUUGGCGGAAGAGCUGAUAUACCAAAGCAGGACAGAUGAAGUCAAAGAACUGGUUGACCUCUUUUCCAAGCCUCAUUUUAAGAGUCUCCUGUUUGUCCACGAUGCUGUCGCUCAGAGAGACUUUGAGCCCACCCUGCCUCCCAUACCUGAUGACAUCCUGGACAGCGAUGAAGACACGGUCAAAAUUGUCAGUCUGGUCAAAACUAAAGAGCCCCUGGGGGCAACGAUUAAGAAGGAUAAAUUCACUGGGGCCAUUGUUGUGGCGAGAAUCAUGAGAGGAGGCGCAGCUGAUAAAAGUGGCCUGAUCCAUGAAGGAGAUGAGCUGAAAGAGUUGAAUGGCGUCUCUCUGGAACACAAGAAACCAAACGAAAUCCUUCCUCUGCUGGCUUGUUCUCAAAGGGACGUGAAGUUCAAAAUCGUACCCGCCUCCUCCAAGAAAGACAUGUCACCAAAAAAGAAGAAGCUGUUCUUGCGGGCUCUGUUUGACUAUGAUCCAGGUGAGGAUCCCACUGUUCCCUGCAAGGAUGCAGCAGUAGCUUUCAAAAGAGGCGACAUCCUCCAGAUUGUCAGCAUGGAGGACGACACCUGGUGGCAGGCACGUCACCUUGGGGACAGCAGCACUCGGGCAGGACUCAUCCCCUCUGAGCAUCUUCAUGAGAGGAGAGUAGCACUGCAGCGACCUAAAGCCCUGUUCAAGCCUCGACGAGUCAAACCACCAGUCAUUGAGGAUGUAGACUACAGAGCUAUUACAGGGUUCUACAUUGCUGGUUUAAGAAGAAGUUUUCGACUCGGGAGGAAGAGCACCUUGGCCAAAGAAGCAGCUCAUUCCAGGAGGUGGAGCGCAGGUGUACACAGCACAUUCACUGCCCCUACCUACAUUGAGGUGAUCCCCUACCACAGAGACCCCACAGACAAACACCGUCUGGUCGUCCUUGUGGGUCCCAGCGGCGUUGGUGUAACCGAACUGAAGAGGAGGCUGCUAAUAUCCGACCCUGACCACUAUGGCGUCACUGUGCCGUACACCACACGUGAGAAGAGGAGGCAGGAAAACGAAGGAGUGGAUUAUCACUUUGUGUCAAUUUACAUGUUUGAAGAGGAUAUCCUCAAUAAGAGGUUUAUAGAGUAUGGGAGACACAGAGGACACUACUAUGGAACCAGUCUAGACUCUGUGCACAGAGUGAUGGCUGAGGGCAAGGUGUGCCUCCUGGAUGCGCAUCCUAGUAAAAUAAAGCACGUGUACACGUCUGAAUUCAAACCAUACGUGGUGUUUGUGAAGCCCCCAUGCAUCGAAGAGCUACGCCUCACCAGACGCAGAGCUAAAUUCAUCUGUGACGAAGAGGACAAGAACACAAGGAGGAUCUUCUCAGAGGAGGAUUUCGGGGACAUGAUCGCCUCAGCUGAAACCAUGGAGAGCCAGUGCGGUCACUUGUUUGACAGUGUGACUGUUAACGGAGAUAUCGCUAUUGCGUUCAGAGAGCUGAAGGCCGACCUCAAGAGAGUUGAAAAGGCAGAAGUCCAGUGGAUUCCAGCAGAGUGGAUUUGCCCUGCAUCUCCAACACAAGCACGGAGGAGCUGCGGUUAUUUGGGCGGCUGGAUCUGAACCUCCAGCAAGAAAGAAGAAGAGCAAAAGAACAAAAAUAAAUGUUUAAAUUUCUAUUUAUAAACAUUACAUUUUUUAACAUUUUAUUUUCCAUUUGUAAAUAUGUUCUGUGACUACCACAGUUUUCCACAGUGUCCCCCAGUGUGUAUCUAAUUAGGCGAACAUAAUCCAUCUUCUCUCUCUUCCUCCGUCUGUCACAGAGCCAGUUUUUUUCUGCUGGCAUCAGGCUGCAAUAAUGUCGACUCGCAGGACGGACGAGAAGAAGAAGAAGUAGGAGGAAAAAAGGAAACUCUCCAGAGCUUGCGGCUGAGUAAUCCUCCCUUGCCAAGUCGCAAACAUCAGCAUGUAAUUAUUCUGACAGCUGCUGCACUUCAAUUAAAUGUAAUGCACACCAGAGAAAUAUUAUUAGUAGCAGCCAGGGAGACACGCUGCCAACAACACGCUGAACAAAAUAAGGACAGACAGAAGAUAACAGUCAAUUAAGAAUGUGGAGGAAGGAGGAGGAAAACCUGUUGCGUGGCUUGUGUUUUGGGAUCAUGUAUGUAUAGUAGAAGAAGACUAGAGAUGCUUGAACCAGUGUUUGUUUUAUAUAUAAUGACUGUGAAGUUGGCACUCUGUUUUUGUAGAUUUUUUACGGCAGUGUAUUGUAACCCUUUUAACUGAGGUUAGCUUAAUGUGAAUAGAUAAUGUUAAGUAAAUAAACGUUAACAUUGGCUAGAUAACAGAAGAAAACAGGAAAGCCUAAAGUGCACCAAACAAUAUCAAAAGAAACACACCAAUACAGCGUCUGCAUUUAAAGGAUUUCUCCUCAUAUUUAGUGAAUGUAAGUUAUGAGGAGCAAAAACACAAUCAUCAAAAACCACAGAAUUAUUCACAACACAUUAUCAUAACUCUUACCCAGGCAAGUGAAAUAAAAAUAAUAAACCAAACAGGCCUUUAAACUCAAGGUGAGUUUGCACAUACUGUGAGCGAGACCUCAAUUCACCUCCCUUCACAGGUAGUCCGAAUGUCAGGUCGACAGGUAACCUUGGUUGACGACCAAACAUUAAUUCAUAGGGUGUGAAUCCUGUUACAUUGCAUGUACCAGGGGUUUUACAAAGUUUCGCCACUGUGACAGAUUUGAGAGUCCACACUGCCUCUGAAAAAUCUGAUCGGAUUUGGGACACUUUUGCCUUCCACUCUUACUUAUUUUAUUAAUUUUGCUGUGUUGAUUUUCUUUUAUUUUAAGUAUUUAUUCUGUGAAGCACUUUGGGGUGCAUGUUUUUAUGUAUGAAAGGUGCUAUAUAAAUAAAGUUGAGUUGAGUUGCAGUGUGAACAUAGCCAAAGUCAGGACCUUGGUCACUGUGCAAGCAUUGGGAUCCCAUAAUGGAACAAGAAGUUGUCCCAAAGACAUUAAGCAACAGUCUUAGCUUUCUGGUUUGGCGUUGGGAUGGCGGCAGCAUACUUUGUGAAAUGAUCCGUGAUCACCAGGAUAUCUUUGGUGCUGCUUCUAUCAGGCUCUAGAGACAGGAAGUCCAUACAGACGAGUUCUAAGGGCCUUGUGGAUUCUAUGUUCACCAAUGGUACAGCUUUUUCCAGUACAAAUGCACCAGUCUUCUAUUUUCUAUUUCUAAAAUCCUACUCCUUUAUGGACAUCUUAUUAUGUAGAUCACUUUUUUAGUCAACAAUGUAUGAGGAAAAUUAAAAAUAACUGGGAGAAACUU